UUAUCAGUAGGCAUGAAAAAUUUUUGGCUACAGUGUACACACUUGUCGGCAGACUGCAGACACACCCGUCUGUAGCACCCGUCAAAGAAAGUUGAAGUUGAAAAGUUGAAUAAGAACGCACUGAAGUAAAGUUGAUCUCAAUCGUAAAGAUGGCAAAGACAGGAUUCUCAGCCAAAGAGAAACUGAAGCAAGAACUGCAUUCCCUUGGCUCAGCUUUGGUGUCUCAGUUUGGGGCUGCAAGGGCUUCAACGAACAGUGGAGAUUUGGAGGCUCUACGACUAUUGGCUGAGGGGAAAGGGACAUGUCGAUUCAAAGUGGAGGAUUGGACUGAACCUGUACAUUUGAAUGGAGAGGACGACAACACUGCUCUUCUGCGGAUUUUCCUUCUCUUACUUUGGCAAAAUGGGAGUCUAGAAAAAGCAUCUUAUGACCCUGAAGACCUAAGAAUUGCAAGAGAAAAAGUUAUGAGAGUUAAACCCUCUGUGAAACAAAAUGACCAGUCUCAAAUUGCAGACGAAACAAGUAUUAAAAAUGCACAAGAAAGUAAAAUCGAGGUUGAAUCAGCGGAAGCAGAGGAACAAGUGAAGGAAGAAUUAUUGGGAUGCAAGGACCAGGAGAGGGAAGAAACGGCCGAAAUGGAGGUUCAGGAGGAGGAAGAGACUUUAGAGGAAGAUGCCGACACCAAGGACAUACCUCAGGAAGUUCUUUUGGCAGAGGAUGGCACAAACUACUUGGUAGGACCCAGGGAGAUACACCUGAUGAGAAAGGACCACUAUCAUCCUCUUUUUUCUAAUUACCGGUCGAGUACAGAAAUCAGACAAAGGAACUUUCUCACCUCAAAACACCUCUUGCAUGUCCGCAAGUUAACUGGCAUGGAUGUGUACGACUUUGGGUAUGACUUUUGUCAAGAAGUGUUGGAGAAGGCUGCACCAUCAGUGGAGGAGCUGGCUACUCGCCACCACAGACUUCAUGAACUGGAGCUUUUCCAUGACCUGCAAUUCCCUCGGCUGCAACGCCUCUAUAUCUGGAUGGAUGAAAGAAGCAACAUAGGGGACGAGAGCCACUUCCAGUUUCCAGCACUUCCCGAGGACAGUGUGGGGCUACGAUGGUUGCGCGCGCGCUUGCCGCGUCCCGCACUCCUGUCCCUGCUUCGCAACAACGCCAAGACCCUCGCAGAGCUGCAGGUGGAAGUGGGCACACGCAGCUACCACCCCCCUACCUUCCCAAUGCAGUGUGAUGAUCUCCAUGUCCUGCUGGCAGACUGCAGUCUGAGCGCGCUCCAGAGGCUCAGGUUAGUCAGAGGUGAGGGCUCUAAUCACACCAGAGCAGACUGUGAGGAGCAGGUUGGAGCUGUGAGGCGCAGUCUGCCGGGAGUCACAGUGCUUUGUGACAAGUGUUGCGUUUCAGACAAAUCCUGUGGCAUUGACUACUACCGUAAUUACUACACUCCAAAGGGAGAAUGGGAUCGGUAUGCAUAAGUUCCUAAAAAAAAUUUGUUAAAAUUUGCACAAUUUUAUUAAAUGUUUUUAAAAAGUUU